GGUGUAUCACAAUUCCUUGAGUGUCAACUUGACUCUUGUCCUUCAACUUGUCCACAGGCACUAGGACUUAGAUGUUAUGAGGAAACUAAUUGUGCUGAGGGUGAGACAAGGCUAGUUGGAGGAUCAUUUGAUACUGAAGGAAGAGUUGAGGUUUGUCAUAAAGGAAUCUGGGGGUCGGUCUGUGCCACUGGAUUUGAUACAACUGAUGCUCAUAUAGCUUGUAAAGAAGUUGGAGUGGGACCAUCAGAGCCGAUUGUGUAUAACAAUUCUUAUUUUGGUGAUGGAGAUGUUGCUAUUGUUCUGUCUGACCUUCAAUGCAAUGGAUAUGAGAGGAGUAUUGUCGACUGUAAUCCAAAGGAGUUUGGAUCAUUUGAAUGCUCACGUAGUGCUGUAGUGGGCGUGAGGUGUCAAGACAGGUGUUCAACUGGAGAUGUUCAGUUGGUUAAUGACAGAAACUUAACAAGUGAAGGGACAGUUCUUGUAUGCUAUGACAAUACCUGGGGUCUCAUUACCGACAAUGACUGGGGCAAGCAAGAUGCUGAUGUUAUCUGCAAGCAACUUUAUUAUACCAAUGGAGGUGAAGCUGUGCUUGGUUCAUACUAUGGAAAACCCAAUAAAACAAUCAUUUACAAUAACGUAGCCUGCACUGGGACUGAGUCCAGUAUUGUUGAUUGUACCAAUGAUCCAUUAUCAAUGGAUGAUGGAAGGGCUAUAUUUCCAAAUGUUAAUGUUGCUGGUGUGAAAUGUGCAAUGAAUACCACGUCACCUCCAACCGAUCUGCUGUCAGGAAGUGUAUCUUCUACCAGUGCUUCUGUUGGUUUAGCCAUUGCUCUCAUUAUACUGAUAGCAUCAAUCAUGAUCACAGUCAU